AUGGCCUCAUCAAGGAUCUUCAUCAAGGGUUUGCCACCCAACAUCUCCGAGGCCGAGUUCCGGAAGCACUUCUCCGCCAAGGGUCGCGAGAUUACCGAUGUCAAGCUGAUUCCCCAGCGACGUAUUGGCUACGUCGGCUACAAGACCUCGGACGAUGCGACCAAGGCAGUCAAGUACUUCAACAAGUCUUACAUUCGCAUGUCCAAGAUCGCCGUUGAGACAGCUAGACCUAUCUCAGACCCCGCCCUGCUCAAAGGCCAGAACGCCUCGCAUUCCAAACAUGCGUCGGCAGGCACAGGCACAGGCACCACCACCAAGGGCACGGAGCGUCCGAUCGUGAAGGACUCGGACGCGAGCUCGAAGAAGCGAAAGCGAGAUGAGCCUCAGACGGCGGAUCCCAAGUUGCGCGAGUUCCUCCAGGUCAUGAAGACCGGCGGAGAGGGCGCGUUGGAAGAUGCUACCAACGCCCACCAGGCUGACGGCGCCUCUGCGAUACCAGCCGCCGCCGUUCCCGAGGAGGACAGUGACGACGAGUACGAGCAGAUCCCGACUCGAAGGGAGAAGCAGCGCAGGAUAGAGGCGCCGGAGAAGGCCCCAACCUCGGAGUCUCUAGCACCGCGCCCGAAAGAAACACCCGGCCCCGCCGAUGUACAGAUGCAAACUCCUGCAGAUGAAGAGACAGCCGAGUCAUCAGAGACCAAACAACCAGAUCUGGAACAUUCGGCAGUAGUUGCAGAGGAUGACGACUGGCUGCGUUCACGUACCAACAGGUUGCUGGACCUUGUUGAUCCCGAUGAACUGGAACGAACGCCUGCGCAAGGGCCUGUUGUCAAAGAGACUGGUCAUACCGAGGGAGGCGACGUCGUCAACAGUCCCCAGGCCAACCCCUCGGAUGAGGAUGAGAUGACAGCUGAAGAGCCUACGAUCGAGCCAUCGGGGGGUGAGCCGCCGAAAGACGACUCACUUGAGGCGAUCCGCCGAACGUCUCGGCUCUUUGUCCGGAACCUCCCCUAUAGUGCCACCGAGGAGGAUCUCCGCGAGACCUUUGAAGGGUUCGGCACACUUGAAGAGGUCCAUCUACCCGCCAACAAGUCAGGUACCAGCAAGGGGUUUGCCCUGGUGCUGUUCAGUGACCCGUCGGGAGCGGUUGAAGCAUUCCAAGCCAUGGAUGGGGCGACGUUUCAGGGGCGUAUCCUCCACAUCAUUCCUGCCAGUGCAAAGAGAGACACAGGGUUGGACGAGUUUGCCAUCUCCAAGCUCCCUCUCAAGAAGCAGAACAUGAUUCGGAAGAAACAAGAAGCAUCUGCCAGCACCUUCAACUGGAAUGCGCUCUACAUGAGCCAGGACGCCGUCAACGCGUCGGUCGCAGACCGUCUUGGUGUUUCAAAAUCCGAGAUGCUCGACCCUACCUCUGCUGAUGCGGCCGUCAAGCAGGCUAUCGCAGAGACGAGCGUCAUCCAAGAGACCAAAGCCUAUUUCGCCGCUAACGGGGUGGACCUGGAGGCUUUCAAGUCAAAGAAGCGGGGCGACACGGCCAUCUUGGUCAAGAACUUCCCCUAUGGGACGACGAUCGACGAGCUCCGUAAGCUGUUCGAGGAGUCUGGGCCCGUGCUGAGAGUUUUGAUGCCUCCUAGCGGAACAAUCGCCAUUGUGCAGUUCACGCAGCCUAAUCACGCCAAGUCCGCUUUUGGGAAGCUUGCGUAUCGCCGGAUUGGAGAUAGCGUCCUCUUCUUGGAGAAGGCGCCAAGUGACAUCUUCAGAGGCGGCGACCAACUGGAUCAAGCCGUGUCCCUAAAGGAUCGUCCAGCUCCGACGGUCCAAAACCUUAGUGUGAACGACCUGCUGUCACGCGGUGAUAAGCCGGAGGACGACGUGGAUACGACGUCGCUGUUUGUGCGGAAUUUAAACUUUUCGACGUCGACCACCAGGCUUGCCGAAACUUUUCAGUCCCUCGACGGAUUCGUCUCGGCCAGGGUCAAGACCAAGAUGGAUCCCAAGAAGCCAGGCCAGACGCUUAGCAUGGGGUUCGGCUUUGUCGAGUUCCGGACAAAGAGCCAAGCGCAGGCUGCACUCAAAGUCAUGGACGGCCAUGUUCUGGACGAUCACGCGCUUGCCGUCAAGGCAUCGCACAAGGGGCAUGACGCAGCUGAGGAGAGACGGCGAGAGGACAAGGCCAAGAGGGCCGCAGGACAGCGCACAAAGAUCAUCAUCAAGAACCUGCCUUUCCAAGCCACCAAGAAGGACAUCAGGUCUCUGUUUGGGACGUACGGCCAGCUCAGAUCGGUACGCCUUCCUAAGAAGGCUGACUAUACCCCAAGGGGUUUUGCCUUUGCCGACUUUGUCACUCCCCGCGAAGCCGAGAACGCGCUAAAUGCGUUGAGGGACACCCACUUGCUGGGCCGCAAACUUGUCUUGGACUUUGCGGAGGCAGAGGCAGUCGACGCCGAGGAGGAGAUCGCAAAGAUGCAGAAGAAGGUAGGGGGCCAGGUCAACAAGGUCGCCCUCCAGCAGUUGACUGGACGAGGGAGGACGCGGGUCAAUAUUGGCAACGAGAACGACGAGAUGGAGGGUUGA